GCAUAAUAUUGAGUGGAAAUGAGUCGAGGAAUCGGAUUACAUUAAAAUAAAUCCGCUCUCCGAAGCUCGAAGCCCUUGAAAGGAUCCCCAAGGAGAGAGCAGCCGCCAAGCAAGGGCAAUUCCUACCCUCCUCUCCAAUCGGCUGCAUAUCAUUCUUCAGACGACGGCCUUUUUCGACAGAUCGUCUUCGAUUCGUUGAUCCCGCUGGUCAGCAGACUUGGGAUCCAGUUGUAGGGUUUCGCUUGGCCUCCCUUGAGCUAGCCCGCUGCGACAAUGGCCGCCCAGCCGUCGAGCGUCGACAGAUCUCCGCUUUCGGCUCAAGUGGUGGGGAACGCCUUUGUUCAGCAGUACUAUCAUAUCCUCCAGCAGUCACCGGAGCUGGUUUACCGGUUCUACCAGGAAGGCAGCAAGCUCGGCCGGCCGGAUGCCCAUGGCGCCAUGAGCUCGGUGACCACCACCGACGCGAUCAAUGCAAAGAUAUUGUCCAUGGGCUUUGUCAGAGCGGAGACAAAGACGGUGGAUGCCCAGGAAUCUCUUGGCGGUGGGGUGACAGUGCUUGUGACGGGGCACCUUACGGGGGAGGACAAUGUUAAGAGGGACUUCACGCAGUCCUUCUUUCUUGCACUGCAGGACAAGGGUUACUAUGUAUUGAAUGACAUAUUUAGAUUUGUUGAAGAGGUCAAUCACCAGCAGGCACAGCAGGGCUUGGCAAAUGGUACUGUUGCACCUCAUGCUCCAAAGCAAGAUUUACCUUCAGAACAAGGCCAGCAUGAUCUGGACCAAACAACUUCAUCUCAAGUUGAAGAUGAGGAGGUAAAUGAGGAGGAAAUCUAUAAUCCUUCAGACAAUGGGGAGGUUGUGGAAGAGGAAGAAUCGACAGGUGUGGUGAUUGAUGAAGUUCCAAACAAUUCUGAAUCAAAUGUCGCCACUGCCCAAGAAGAGAUGCCAAAGAAGUCAUAUGCUUCAAUAGUGAAAGACAUGAAUAAUGCUUCUGUAUCACCUCCAACACGUGCUCCUCCUAAGCCAUCAUCAAUUAAGGCAGAACCUCAGGUACUCCCUGCACCUCCAGCAGGACCAGCAUCUGAUAUGCCUACGUCCUGUUCUACCACUGUCGACAGCAAUUAUACUCAAGAUGCAGAAGCUGAUGGCUAUUCCAUAUAUGUUAAAAAUUUGCCUUUGGAUGCAACACCUGCUCAACUUGAAGAGGAGUUCAGGAAAUUUGGUGCUAUCAAGCCUGAUGGCAUACAAGUUAGAAGCCACAAGUUGCAAGGUUUCUGUUUUGGAUUUGUGGAGUUUGAGGUGGCUAACGCUGCUCAAAGCGCAAUAGAGGCCUCACCUAUAAUGAUAGGAGGUCGCCCAGCUUAUGUUGAGGAAAAGCGAGCUACUGGUUCACGAGUUGGUAACAGAGGAAGAUUUGCACCCGGUAGAGGGGCUGGAUUCCGCAAUGAUGGGAGAGGACGUGGUAACUAUGGUGGUGGAAGGGGCUUUGGUAGAGGGGAUUUCAACACCAGACCUGAUUUCGGAGGCAGAGGUGGUGGUAGGGGAGGAUAUUCAAAUCGUGGAACCGAAGUCGGAUACCAGAGGGUUGAUCAUAUGGGACCAAGCGGCGGUCGUGGAAGCCAUACUGGCUCGUCAGGCAUUAGUGCACCUGCCAAAAACUGAACGGAAGGGGGUGCAUUGAGAUUUUAGUUUCAAGCUUAUCGGUUGUUGGUCUUGACGCUGGUUAGAAUAUAUACCUAAAUCAGUAAUUUUCUUUCCUGUUGUUUUAGCAAUGAUUCAAGAGCUUUGAAUGAGAGGUUUUGUUUUGGUUUUUUGCAUACUAUGAUUGCUAGCGGCAAUGCAUGGUACAAAUUUUCAUUAGUAACUGUGUAGAAUAUGAAUGCCGUGAAAAUGUUGUUUAGAUUGCACUUGA